ACUCAUAACCUUACUUUUGCUAUUGACUAUUUGAGUUGAUUUGCAAGUAUUUGUGAUUGUUUUGAUUAAAACAGUUACAAAUUUUAUUGCUAUUUACUCCUACAAAACAUGGAGUCACAGGAAAAAGUUGAAAAGCCAUCUAAAACAGGAUUUGUAAUCAAACUUUCGAGCGAAACUGUUGAGAAACUGACGCGGGAAGACAAUAAUUCUAAGGCAGAUGUUUUGCCCCCCAGUGAUUCUAAACAAUCUUCUGAAAGCUCAUCGGAUGCAGUUAUAGUAUCUGAGGUGCCUCCGCAAAAAAUCAGCGAACAUGAACCGAAGGAAACACCCUCAAAAGACGCAAACAGUAAUACUAGCGAGUCCACUGAAUCCAAACAGAUUCAGGAUCCCAACGCAUCAUGGGGCGACUACGCUCCAUAUGUGACAUAUGAAGGAGAAGAAGCAAUCUAUACUGAUCCAUCCAACCAGCAGCGGUACUCAUGGGAUAAAGAAACAAACUCAUGGAAACCUAAUGAUGGGGAAGGUCCUGGCCGAACCUACAGCUACGAGAAUGAUGAACACACCUACACGGAGCCUGAUGGUUCGAAAUUCUUCUGGGAUGCUGACAAAAAAGCAUGGAUUCCGAAGGUAGAUGAUGAUUUUCUGGCUUUAUAUCAAAUGUCUUAUGGCUUUGUUGAUAACACAAGUAAAGAGAAAAAAGAUGAGCCAAAAGAAACCAAAAUUGAAGAGGUUAAAAAAGCUGAGGCAGCUGGAGUCAAGAGGAAGUCAGAACCACAGUGGUUCCAGCCAUCUGAAGACACCAACACUAAAGUGUAUGUAUCAAAUCUCCCUACAGACAUCACUGAAGAAGAAUUUGUAGAUUUUAUGCAAAAAUGUGGUCUUGUCAUGAGGGACCCCAGCACACAGAAAAUGAAAAUCAAAUUCUACAUGGACAAGGAGCACAACUGCUUCAAGGGGGAUGCUCUCUGCACUUAUAUCAAAAUAGAAUCUGUGGAAUUAGCACUUAAUAUAUUAGAUGGAAGUGAUUUUAAGGGAAAUAAGAUUAAAGUAGAAAGAGCACAAUUUCAACAGAAAGGUGAAUACAAUCCUGCAUUGAAGCCUAAGAAGAAAAAGAAGAAAGAGUUGGAAAAGAUAAAGAAAAUGCAGCAAAAAUUGUUUGACUGGAGACCAGAGAAGUUUAUAGGGGAGAGGUCAAAACACGAAAGAGUAGUAAUUGUCAAAAAUGUUUUUGAUCCUGCAGACUUUGAUAAAGAUGUGCAACUUAUUCUGGAUUACCAACAAGACUUGCGGGAAGAGUUCACAAAAUGUGGUGAGGUGAGGAAGGUGACCAUCUAUGACAGACACCCCGAAGGAGUCUGCCAAGUCACCAUGAAGGAGCCUGAAGAGGCUGACGCUGCCGUGGCACUCAUCAAUGGACGCUGGUUUGGAAAAAGACAGUUAACAGCCGAAAUAUGGGAUGGCAGGACCAAGUACAGAAUUGCUGAGACUGAUGCUGAUAUUAACAAGAGAAUAGAUAAAUGGGGGAGGUUCUUAGAAGAGGGAGAGAAGGAAGAUGCUGGUACCAGCUCAAAAGAUGAUGCUGUGAAAAAAGUAGUUUCUGAGGAAACAACACAGGAACCUACAGAGAUGGAGCAGGCAUCUGAAGAAACGGUACCAGCGCCUGCUGUGGCUACUGUUGAUAGCACUUAAAAAUGCAUUUUAAAAUAUUGUGUAUUAUUUAAAUGUCUAUAAUACUGAAUGUUGUAAAUAAAUGUUUUAAGAUUAA